CCCACAAUGCUGGGCCAGCCUCUCGGAUUUUUCUACAUGAACUACGCGUUGGCUGUUGUCUGCUUUCCGUUGCUAACCAGCUGGCUGCCUAGUCCUUCCACCUCCGAGCCUAGCAGUCAAUCACUUAAUGUGCUCGCCAUCUGACAGGACUACCCAAACCACAAUCACCAUCACCACCACCACCACCACCACCAGCCUUCUCUCCCCUCUGACAUGGGGCUUCGAUACAUGAUUCCUGCGACAGAUGAUGUACGAUUCACUCCGGAAUCCGGUACCCAACAUAGCCCUGUAUAUUCGAUUGAACCGACGGUACAGAACCCAUCCGCGUCGACGACGUUAGCUUUCUCGCCCUACAGCAACAUCUACCAACCCCAGCAUAGCCUCAACGGCUCCACGUACUCUAGCGGCGGCAGCUCCUACUUUUCUCCGAGCUCCUCGAUCUUCUCCAGCCUUUCUAUGCCGGAUACCAAGCCGCGAUUAAGCUCCCUUAUCGCGUCCCCUGGGCUAGCACCACUUUCUCGCUCCCCAGCCCUACCGCACCCCUCCUCCCCAAUUAACACCCGAGAUUUAUACUCGGGUGCACAACCACACCUUCGGCGCACGACCGACCUUCUCUCCAGAUCCCCAUCAGGCUCUGGACUUGUAAGAGGCGUGCCAAUAUCGCCGACCUCGACGAGCGGCUUCACAAGCCCCAUCUCAAAUAUGGACGGCUCCCUUAGCGGGACGCCCUGUCCCCCUCUCUUCCCCACGGAGGUCCACCACUCCUUACAAACCUCAGAAGGACAACUGAUCAAACCCGAAAUUUUUGGCAAAAUCGACAAGGGGUUCUUCAUGGCCGACAAUGACUGGACCUGUUACCGGAGAAACUACUUCUCCCUGAACUGCUCCUACACCCUUCAACCCACAAUCCCAAACGGAGCCAUGUACCUUGUGGGACAACACGGCGGCGCCGGUGCCCAAGUGCACAGCUUCGCCAUGUCAAUAGCAGCCGUCGUCGACGGCCGCGACGGGAAAUCCAUCGAGCUCGUCCAACACACUCCCAAACGCGACAAAGGCCCCCAAGACCGACCCGCACGCAUCACACUCGCGCCUCGUCCCCCGGCCUCUCACGGGCUCUUCGGAGGAGACGGCGGCCUCGGCGGCUCAAGAGGCAGCAUAUACGACGCGCAGGGGUUUAACCAGAACCCGAAUUCCCCCCAGAUCGAAGCGACAUUCGAGCGCAUCCAGUUCAAGAAUGCGACAGCCAAUAACGGCAAGCGGCGAGCUGCACAGCAGUACUACCACCUCCUCGUCGAACUCUUCGCGGACGUAGGACCGCAGCACACUGAUCGGUGGGUGAAAAUCGCCUCCCGCAUGUCCGCACCGAUGGUCGUGCGCGGACGUUCACCGGGGCAUUACCAGGGUGAGCGCAGAGGAAGCAACACCAGUACCGGGCCUGGUGGAUCAGGUGGAGCAGGUGGUGGAGGCGCGUACACACCUGGCUCUGCAUCACGAACUCCAGGCGAUGCCACGAUGUCUGGCGCGUCGUCCAUGCUGCCCGGCUCUGGCUACGGCGGCGGCUACGAUGGGAGAAGUGGAAGUCAUCAUUACAGGAGCAACAUUGCGCCACCGCAAAUCCCGAUGGAACCGACGUUGAGCGCGGAAGAAGCAAAGUCGAUCGAGGAAUCGCCGUGUUAUUUAUACUACCCAGGCGCGAUCUAUGAGGGCGGCGAGCAGAGGUAUCAGUUGCCGAGCGUGAGCGAGUACACGACGAGCAAGAUCAAGAGCGAGUUUGCGGCAGGCGGAGGUGGGAGUGGGUAUGUGCUACCGAGCUUGAGUGGUGUUGAUGGUGGACUGGGCAGGCAUUGUGGGAGGUGGGAGGGGGUGAGCGAGAGUAAAGGGUACUUCCCAGCGUUGGUGGCGGAAGCGGGGAUGAACAUCACAUAGGACAGCAAGACCUCGACCUCGACCUCGACACGAAUCCGAGCGAGGACACUCUCGACACAACACUUCUCCUCUUUCGACUCUUUUU